GUAAGUAAAUAUUUUAUGCAAGUAAUUAUUAACAAGACCUCUGUACGCAUGCGCUUUCAACUGUAUCAAUUUAUGGUUCCCGGCGAAUCGAUGAGAUGCAGCACAAACGCAAGAGUAAACGAAAACCGUAGUCUUAAAGUAGGCCAGCCGAAAACCUUUCGAGAGGUGAGAUUUGAGCAGUUUGCAUCAGUGCAGUAUGAGGGCAUUAUCUACAUGACUCCACAGGAUUUCCUCGAGUCAGUCACAGAUGAUGUCCCAAGACAUACCAAAAAUGGAUCUUCUGCACGUAUUGGCCGUACCAGGCUGAGGAAAGAGGACAUAGAGACAUGGCUGAAGAAUACGCCUGCCAAGAGACGGGGAUCCAGAACACUGUUCAGAUCCAUGCAUAACAAGGGUCUGAUUUCCUACACAGAAUACCUGUUCUUGCUGUGUGUACUGACAAAGCCCCAGUCUGGUUUCCGGAUCGCGUUCAACAUGUUUGACACUGACGGGAACCAGAUAGUUGACAAGAAGGAAUUCCUUAUGUUGGAAUCCUUCUUCACCCUUCCACCCAGUGAGCGCAAGUUUGUGCCUAGAGAAAAAAUGCACCUUCAGUCUUUACUAGACGUAGGUCAUGGGGUGAAUCUAGAAGGUGUGUUCAGUAAGGGUAAUGGGGACGCAGCACCAGUACCAGCUGUAACUGCGGACGAAAAUGACUCCCAACCUAAACUACGAUCCAGAAGAGGACCAGGUAGUGUUGAGCCAAUUCAAGAUACGACUCUACUCGUCCAUUUCUUUGGCCGCAAAGGAAAUGAUGUCCUCAAGUUUGAUGACUUCCACAAGUUCAUGACCCACCUGCAGCUCGAGAUUAUAGAGCUCGAGUUCCUGGAGUUCUCAAAAGGUAUGCAGACGAUCUCAGAGACAGACUUCGCUCGCAUUCUUUUACGCUACACCAGCCUUGACAAGACGGACAUCAAUGAGUGUCUUGAACGCGUUCAGAAAAACACACCUGAAGAAAAGUCCACGGAAAAGAAGGGUAUCACGUUUGAGGAAUUCUGGGAGUUUUCUCAGUUUAUGAACAACCUGGACGACUUCACCAUUGCAAUGAACAUGUACACCUAUGCUGAGCAACCCGUCUCCAAAGAGGAGUUCCAGAGAGCUGUGCUGAUCUGUACUGGCUCCCCCCUGAAACCCCACAUUGUGGACACGCUGUUCAACAUCUUCGAUGUUGACGGAGACCAGCACCUCAGCUACAAAGAGUUCAUAUCCAUCAUGAAGGACCGAAAGUACCGAGGCAACAGGUCUCACAUGCAGCCGAUGCCUCAUACCUGGGAUGCCUUCAAGAGUUGUGUCAAGUCAGAGAUGAAGUCCUACAUUUGAAUAGAUCACAUGCUCCAUACACUUGGGCCUGUGUAAUCAAAAAGUCUUGGUUGUAACCACCUGGUACAUGUUAAAUUGAUAGCCUUCCUUGGCUGCUGAUCUGUCUUUUUUAAUACAUUGAGUUUUUUUGCAUAAAAAGAAGAAUAGUAUUUGAACAAAGGGUUGGUUGUUCGAUUUGACUGUGUAGAAUAGUUAAACUGUAUUAUGUGAAGAUCUAUGAUACUUCUUGGCAAGGUACAUACGGGGACUUAAUUCAUGUUUCAAUUGUGCUUUGGGUAUUUGAACUAAAUGUUGGUAUUACAUGUACCAUUUGACUGAUAAGCAUAAUUUUGUUUUAUAAAUAGUAAGAGAUCUGAUAUGCUUGACAACGCCCUUAUGACAGGAUAAUUUAAUUAGAAAGCUUUUGUAUAAUUAAUGGUGUAUUAUGACUAUUAUCUGAUUUUGUUGCCUACUCUAGUACUACUAAGAAUAUACAUAUUAAAACAUGUCUGAUGUUAAUAAGUAAAGGAAGUUCCUGUUUGUAAGGAAUUUACACAAUGCACUUGGCAAUUUGCUUGUUCACUAUCUUAAGUAAAUAAACUAAAAAAAAGAUUUAAUGUAAAACAAUAACAGCAUUUUAUAACUGAAAAUAUAGUAUAUCAUGUUUACAUCUAAUAAUUACGAAUUCUAAAUUCUAAAUUAGAAUACUUCAGGCAUUUAAAGGGACCUUUUCACGAUUUGGUAUAUUGACAAAAUUGAAAAAAGUUGUUUCAGAUUCGAAAAGUUUCGUUUUAGUUAUGAUAUUUGUGAGGAAACAGUAAUACUGAACAUUUACCAUGGUCUAAUAUAGCCAUUAUAUGCAUCUUUUGAUGAUUUAAAAACCUGAAAAUUAUAAAGCGUUGCAACGCGAAAAGUUUAAAUAAUUUGGAGAGUUCUGUUGUUGUCGUUUAAUUUUGUGAAACUACGAAGAUUGCUUAUAUAAAGUAUAAAAUACGUCACCCAUAUAUAAUUGGCAGGAUGGCCGAGCGGUCUAAUUGGUAUUUACUCCAGGAUUCCGGGGGUCACUGGUUCGAGCCCUGCUGCGGGCUACCUUUUUUGUCCUUUUUUAGCUCGACUAUUAUAUAUGAAAUAUAUAUAGUGGAGCUAUCCUACUCAACCCGGCGUCUGCGUAAGCGUCUGCGUUAGCGUGCAAAUGUUAAAGUUUUCGUACUACCCCAAUUAUUUUCAUUGUCCCUUGACAUAUUGCUUUCAUAUUUUGCAUACUUGUUGACCAACAUGACCCCAACCUAUAAACAAGAGCAGACAACUCUAUCAAGCAUUUUGUCAUAAAUAUGGCCCCUUUUCCACUUAGAAUAUGCAGCAAAUGUUAAAGUUUUCGUACUUCCCCAUUUAUUUUCAUUGUCCCUUGACAUAUUGCUUUUAUAUUUUGCAUACUUGUUUACCAACAUCACCCCAACCUAUAAACAAGAGCUGACAACUCUAUCAAGUAUUUUGUCAUAAUUAUUGCCCCUUUUAUACUUAGAAUAUGCAUAUUAUUGAUAAAUCUAUGUUAAAGUUUGCGUACUACCCCAAAUAUUUCCUAUAUCCUUUGACAUAUUGCUUUUAUAUGUUAAAUACUUGUUUACCAACAUGACCCCAACCUAUAAACAUGACCCCAACCUAUAAACAAGAGCAGACUAUCAAGCAUUAUCAAGAAUUUUGACAUAAUUAUGGCCCCUUUUACACUUAGAUAAUUGAACAUUUUGCUUAAAAUGCCAUAACUUCUUUAUUUAUGAUCACAUUUUAUUAUUACUUUGACAAAACAACACUUACCUGAAUACCACAAUGGAUUCCACCCAAACACCACACCCCACAUUAUACCGCCCUCUCACCCACGACCCCCCCCCCCCCCAAUUAUUUUUUCUUUUUAAACAUCAUCUAAUAAAUUACCCCACCUGACAUUAUACCCCCCUACCCCCC